UAUUUUUUAACAAUAAAUACAUUUAUGUUAACCAUAUUAUUUAUUUUUAGAGCCCCCUCCUAAUCCUCCUAUAGUCCUAUUUUCUCUCUCAUCAUGAAAAGACUAUAAAAAAACACUCAAAAGACAUCAGCUUUUAUUUCCCUGUCUGCCAUUAAUUCCCAUAAAUAUAACACAUCACAUCCCUGCUUUCCCCCUUAAAACCAGACUCACUUUCUUCCCAAAAGAUUUCAUGGACCAUCAUCUAACCCCCUUUUAACCUUCACUCUUCACAUAUAUCCCACCUGACCUGGGUAUUCUUCCUCUUCCAUAUUCCAAACCAUGAUCACUGCCUCGGACCUUUACCAUGUGUUCACAGCAGUGGUUCCACUCUAUGUAGCCAUGAUCUUAGCCUAUGGUUCAGUGAAAUGGUGGAAGAUUUUCACACCGGACCAGUGUUCUGGUAUCAACAGAUUUGUGGCUCUUUUUGCUGUCCCUUUGCUUUCUUUUCAUUUCAUUUCUACUAACAAUCCUUACACUAUGAACACAAGGUUCAUUGCUGCUGACACUCUUCAGAAACUUAUGGUUCUUGUGGGUUUAGCUCUUUGGUCAAGGUUGAGUCCUAGAGGCUCUUUAGAAUGGUCUAUCACUUUGUUUUCUUUGUCUACACUUCCUAACACGCUUGUUAUGGGUAUCCCACUUUUGAAAGGCAUGUAUGGUGAUUUUUCUGGCAGCUUGAUGGUUCAGAUUGUGGUCCUUCAGUGUAUCAUUUGGUACACUUUGAUGCUGUUUUUGUUUGAAUACAGAGGUGCUAGAUUAUUAAUAGCUGAACAGUUUCCAGACACUGCUGGAUCAAUUAUCUCAUUCAGAGUUGAUUCAGAUGUGUUGUCACUAGAUGGAAAAGAGCCAUUGCAAACAGAAGCUGAGGUUGGAGAAGAUGGGAAGCUUCAUGUGACCGUUCGAAAGUCGGCGAGUUCGCAUUCAGAGAUUUUUUCACGUCGGUCACACGGAGGAAUGAACUCGGGCCUUUCGUUAACGCCCCGACCGUCUAACUUAACCAAUGCCGAGAUUUACUCGUUACAGUCGUCAAGAAACCCGACCCCGAGGGGUUCGAGUUUUAACCAUACUGAUUUUUAUUCUAUGGUGAAUGGGAAAAAUGGCGCGAGUGCGAGUCCUCGCGGGUCGAAUUUCGCGGGGUGUGAUGAGGAGAGUGGGAUUAAUGGUAGGGUGAAUGGGCAUGGGAAUGCAGGGUACCCUGCUCCGGCUAAUGCCGGAAUCUUUUCGCCGGUUAGCGGGAAGCGGGGCGGCGGCGGCGGCGGCGGUGGGGGUAAAGAUCUUCAUAUGUUUGUGUGGAGUUCUAGUGCAUCACCUGUUUCAGAAGGUGGGAUUCAUGUGUUUAGAGGUGGAGAGUAUGGUACUAAUGAUCUUGGAGGGGUACCCCACACUAAAGAUUAUGAUGAUUUUGGCCGAAAUGAGUUUAGUUUUGGGAACCAACCUGGCCCAAAUGGAGUGGACCGUGAAGCAUCGGUUCUAUCCAAACUUGGGUCUAGCUCAACUGCUGAGCUCCACCCAAAGGCUAGCCCACAUGGUGAAACCAAGCCCGCUUCUAUGCCACCUGCUAGUGUCAUGACCCGACUCAUUUUGAUCAUGGUGUGGCGCAAACUUAUCCGAAAUCCCAACACGUAUUCAAGCUUAAUUGGCCUCACAUGGUCCUUGGUCUCAUUCAAGUGGAAUGUUGAAAUGCCUGCCAUAGUUGCAAAAUCCAUAGCCAUUUUAUCUGAUGCUGGUCUUGGCAUGGCCAUGUUUAGCCUCGGUCUGUUCAUGGCAUUGCAACCAAAAAUUAUAGCUUGCGGAAACUCGAUUGCAACCUUUGCCAUGGCGGUUCGUUUCUUGAUUGGACCCGCGGUCAUGGUAGGUGCAUCAUUGGCUGUUGGACUACAUGGAACAUUGCUACAUGUUGCCAUAGUUCAGGCAGCUCUGCCUCAAGGAAUUGUCCCCUUUGUGUUUGCUAAAGAAUAUAAUGUCCAUCCAGAUAUACUUAGCACAGGGGUGAUAUUUGGAAUGUUGAUAGCACUACCAAUAACUCUUGUGUACUACAUUGUGUUGGGGCUUUAACUCUUGUCUUGUUUGAAGAAGUGAAGUUUCUUUUGGGGAUUGGUUCUCUAACGACAUGUGAAAUGACCAUUUUGUCCAUUUUGUUAAGUUUAGUGAAUGAGUAUAAAGAGAGGAUGUUAGAGAGGAAGGGUGAUGUUGGAGGGACAGAAUUGUAAUUUGACAGGGCAUUGGCAGCAAAGUAAUAUCAGUGUUUUUGUCUCUCCAAUUGUAAUUGUUUCUUGUAUGUAUUCUCCCAAGAAAGUUGUAGUGAUGCUUCUACUUUGCACUUUUGGCAGAGCUUAAGUACAUUGGAAUCCCAAUACUCUUACAUGGAUUCUGAAUUUCUAAAGC